UCUGCUUGGCUCGCCUAGCACCUCUGGGGGCUUCGCGGACCUGCGAGAUGGCACCGAGGAGGAACGAGCAAUGCUGGUGCCUGCUGGUGCUGCUCGCGGUCUGCGCGCCCCUUCCCGCCGUCACCCAGACCCGCGCCGCCACAGGGUCAGCUUCCCAGAGCCAUCUGGACCUCACGGAGCUCAUCGGUGUCCCACUGCCCUCGUCCGUGUCCUUUGUCACAGGCUAUGGUGGAUUCCCAGCCUACAGCUUCGGACCUGGUGCCAAUGUUGGCCGCCCGGCCAGGACCCUCAUCCCACCCACCUUCUUCAGGGACUUUGCCAUCAGCGUCACAGUGAAGCCCAGUAACACCCGGGGUGGCGUGCUCUUUGCUAUCACUGAUGCCUUCCAGAAAGUCAUCUACCUGGGUCUGCGGCUCUCAGGCGUGGAGGACGGCCACCAGCGGGUCAUCCUCUACUACACGGAGCCUGGCUCCCAUGUGUCCACUGAGGCUGCUGCCUUCUUGGUGCCCGUGAUGACCAAUAGGUGGAACCGUUUUGCCGUGAUCGUCCAGGGUGAGGAAGCGACCCUCCUCCUGGACUGUGAGGAGCACAGUCACGUCUCCUUCCAGCGGUCUUCCCAGACUCUGGCUUUCGAGCCCAGCGCAGGAAUCUUUGUGGGCAGCGCAGGAGCCACGGGGCUGGAAAGAUUCACAGGCUCCAUACAGCAGCUCACCCUCCACUCUGACACCCGGACUCCUGAGGAGCUGUGUGAAGUGGAAGAGUCCUCGGCAUCAGGAGAGACCAGUGGGCUUCAGGAGACAGACGGAGUCGCUGAAAUCUUAGAAGCUGUCACCUAUACUCAAGCCCCGCCUGAAGAAGCAAAAGUUGAGCCCAUAAACACACCUCCAACUCCAUCCACUCCGUCUGAGGACACAGAGCUUUCCGGUGAACCUGUACCUGAGGGGACCCCAGAAACCACCAACAUGAACCCCGUCCCACACAACAGCCUUGAACAAGGGUCUGGUGACAUCCUGAAUGACACACUGGAUGGGGACCCCAUGACUGACAUCAACUCAGGGGAUGGGACCUUCCCUGUUGUCACUGAAGAAAAGGAUUUAGCAGCAACAGCAGCCGGGCUGGUUGAAGCGCCCGUCACCACUGCCAAGGAAGCAGAGGCCAGUGGUGUGCCCACUGAAGGGUCGACCCUCCCCAUGUCCACCCAGAACCCUGGGGAAGGGGUCACUCCAGGUCCAGAUCAUGAGGAAGGGUUAGCAGCAACAGCAGCAGGGGAGGUCGAGGUGCCCACCGGCACUGCCGGGGAACCAGAGGCCAGCAGUGUGCUCACCGUAGAGCCAGCCCUCUCUAUGUCCACCCAGAAGCCCGAGGAAGAGCCCACUGUGGAUCCAAACAGUGAAGAAAGUCUAACAACAGUUGAUGCUGCAACUGAAGGACCCCUUGGCACUUUCGAGGAUGAGGAGGCCAGCGGAGUCCCCACAGACGGCCUGGCUCUUCUCACAAGCACCACGGCCCCCGGGCAUGUGGUCACUCCCGGUCUUGGUGACAAAGAAGCCUCCUCAGCAGUCACAACAGAGGAGCCCCUCACCACAGCUGGGGACGAAGAAUUCGACAGCACUCCCCCUGAAGGGCCACCGCUCCCCUUACCCACCAUGGCUUUUGAAAGAGGGGUCACCCCAGUAACUCAAAGAGAAUGUGUGGGCAUGAAAGGACAGGCUGGGCCUGAAGGAGGAAAGGGCGAUGCUGAAGAGGGGCUUUCCGGCCCUCCUAAACCCACCAGACCUACCAUACCCACGGUGGGAGCAGAGGCAGAGGGCUCUGGCCUGGGCUGGGGCUCGGAUGUCAGCUCUGGCUCCGGUGAUCUGGUGGGCAGUGAGGAGGUGCUAAGGGGUCCCCCAGGUCCCCCAGGCCCACUUGGCUCACCUGGGAUUCCAGGAAAACCAGGAACUGAUGUUUUCAUGGGACCCCCUGGAUCUCCUGGGGAGAAUGGAGCUGCUGGCGAACCCGGGGUCCCGGGUCCCGAGGGACAGCCUGGAGUUGAUGGAGCCACCGGCCUUCCCGGGAUGAAAGGAGAGAAGGGAGUAAGAGGGCCUAAUGGCUCGGUUGGUGAAAAGGGUGACCUCGGCAACAGAGGCUUACCAGGUCCCCCAGGGGAAAACGGACAAGUUGGCAUCCCUGGCGUCAUGGGACCCCCAGGGCCUCCUGGACCACCCGGGCCCCCAGGUCCUGGCUGUUCAAUGGGACUUGAGGAUACCGAAGGCUCUGGAGGUUCCAGGCUGCUGAAUGAACCCAGGAUCUCUGGACCAGUGGUCUCAAGUGGUCCCAAAGGAGAAAAAGGAGACCGGGGACCCAAGGGUGACAGAGGCAUGGAUGGAGCCAGCAUUGUGGGACCCCCUGGGCCGAGAGGGCUACCUGGGCGCCUCGAAGUCUUGUCUAGUUCCUUGAUCAAUGUCACCCAUGGAUCCAUGAAUUUCUCGGACAUUCCUGAGCUCGUGGGGCCUCCGGGGCCAGACGGGAUACCUGGACUGCCAGGAUUUCCAGGCCCCAGAGGACCAAAAGGUGACACCGGUGUGCCUGGCUUUCCAGGACUGAAAGGAGAACAGGGUGAGAAGGGAGAGCCAGGUGCCAUCCUGACGGGGAACGUCCCUCUAGAAAGGCUGAUGGGAAAAAAGGGUGAACCUGGAAUGCAUGGAGCCCCAGGACCAAUGGGGCCCAAAGGACCACCAGGACACAAAGGAGAAUUUGGCCUCCCUGGACGACCUGGUCGCCCAGGACUGAAUGGCCCGAAGGGUGCCAAAGGAGACCGAGGCCUCAUGAUGCCGGGCCCACCUGGCUUACCUGGUCCUCCGGGCCCCCCUGGGUCCCCUGGAGCUGUGGUUAACAUCAAAGGUGUUGUGUUCCCAAUCCCUGCCCGGCCACACUGCAAAAUGCCAGUUGGUACCCCAAAUCCUGGGAGUCCAGAGCUCAUCACCUUUCAUGGUAUUAAAGGAGAGAAAGGAUCUUGGGGUCUUCCCGGCUCAAAAGGAGAAAAAGGCGACCAGGGGGCCCAAGGACCACCAGGUCCCUCAGUUGAUGCAGCUUAUCUGAGACAUUUUCUGAACAACUUGAAGGGGGAGAAUGGAGACAGGGGGUUCAAAGGAGAAAAAGGAGACUCUAAUGGUGACUUCUUUGUGUCUGGACUUCCAGGCCUAUUAGGAAAUCCAGGCCCGAGUGGCCAUGAAGGGGAGACUGUCAUCGGGCCCCAAGGACCCCCGGGUGCUCCUGGCCUGCCUGGGCCACCUGGCUUUGGAAGACCUGGUGCCCCUGGGCCACCGGGACCCCCGGGACCACCAGGACCUCCGGCUAUCCUGGGAGCAGCUGUGGCCCUUCCAGGCCCACCUGGCCCUCCAGGACAGCCAGGACUUCCCGGAUCCAGAAACUUGGUCACAGCAUUCAGCAACAUGGAUGACAUGCUCCAGAAAGCUCAUUUGGUUAUAGAAGGAACAUUCAUCUACCUGCGGGACAGCACUGAGUUUUUCAUUCGUGUUAGAGAUGGCUGGAAAAAAUUACAGCUGGGAGAGCUGAUCCCCAUUCCUGCCGACAGCCCUCCACCCCCUGCGCUUUCCAGCAAUCCUCAUCAACUUCUGCCUCCACUGAACCCUGUUUCAAGAACCAAUUAUGAGACACCUGCUCUGCACUUGGUUGCUCUGAACAUGCCAUUUUCUGGGGACAUUCGAGCUGAUUUUCAGUGCUUCCAGCAGGCUAGGGCUGCCGGACUGUUGUCCACCUACAGAGCAUUCUUAUCCUCCCAUCUGCAAGAUCUCUCCACCAUUGUGAGGAAAGCAGAGAGAUACAGCCUUCCAAUAGUGAAUCUCAAGGGCCAAGUACUUUUUAAUAAUUGGGACUCGAUUUUUUCUGGGCAUGGAGGUCAGUUCAACACGCAUGUUCCAAUAUACUCCUUUGAUGGCCGAGACGUAAUGACAGAUCCUUCUUGGCCCCAGAAAGUCAUCUGGCAUGGCUCCAGCACCCAUGGUGUCCGUCUUGUGGAUAACUACUGUGAAGCGUGGCGAACUUCGGACAUGGCCGUCACAGGGUUUGCCUCCCCGCUGAGCACGGGGAAGAUUCUGGACCAGAAAGCAUAUAACUGUGCUAAUAGGCUAAUUGUCCUGUGUAUCGAAAACAGUUUCAUGACAGACGCUAGGAAAUGAUGAUCAUCCGGUGAUUCUGAAAGAGUCUUCAAAUUUUUCUUAUGUGAAGAGUUGACACUGAAAUCUAAAAUGUUUAAAUGUUGUAAAUAUUACAGUUUUUUAAAAAUUACACAUUAGUUACAACAGCAACCAAAGAAAACAUACCUCAGUACACUCAAAACUGAAGACAUAAUGGACUCGGAUCAAAGACAGAAUCUGAUCCGUAUGUUGGUGCUAGGUUCUGCAGGAAGCCCCGUGUGGUGUGAACGCAUCCCGACACAGGUUCAGGGCAAGUGGAAAACAAAGGCCAUGGCAUUCUGCCCACUGCAUCCUUCAGAAAGUCAUUUCCUCCUCUUAACCAUUGUUGCUGAGUGUAAGAUGUCCUUCAUGUUUUCUUACAAAGUCAGUGUUUAGAAAUAGUAGCCCUUUCUAAGUUAUGUGCAGACCGAAUGCUUUAUUCCUUUCCAUACAUCCACCUUUGGAACAGCAGUUGCUGUUCAUACAGAAAAAUGAAACUUCUCAAAUGAUCCUAUUUGUAUUUUCUGACAUUAUCGGACUUCAAUGAUUUUUUUUCUCCUAAAAUAUUAUGGCCAUCAUGCGUUAGGAAUUUUAUAUUUUUACACAAUCACGUUUUAGUAUGCCAUCUGUUUAUAUAACUGACUUGCUGGAAAAGUUGAAACUCCAAAUGAUCUGAAACUAGAAAAGAAAUAGCACAUAAUUACUACCUUUCCCUUGGCGGCUCUCCGUCCCAUCCCCCACCUCAUGAUGUUAUGACUUCCAUUUGGCAAUUCUUGAAUUAUAACUGCAACUGAAACCAACAGGUUCGUAGAGAUGAAUUUUCUGAGACACAUAUAUCUUCAUGCUGUAUACUUUGAUUUUUUUUUCCAUGUAAGUGAACAUAAAAACAUCUUUUCUGGGUGCUUUCUUC